UACUAGUAAUAAUCUGUGGUCUAUAAUAUGCUUUACGUCAAGCAAAGAUACAAGAAGUAAAACUCAGGAAUAUACAUUGAUUAUUCAUGUUCCUCGUUAUUUAAAUUCGGUAAUAAAAAACACAUUUAUGAUAAGUGCUACAUUAUAUUAGGAUUAUAAAAUGAUCCUAUUUUAUGAAAAAGUGAGUUUAUCUGAGCAUGGAAGACACCAGAGAUCCCAGACAUAUCGACCAUCGAGGAGAAUUAUAAUAAUAAGUGAAACUGAAUAUCACUUGAACCGAAGUAUUUUGGAAGAUUUAUGUUUAUAUAUAAGCUCAAUGUGGAUUGAUACCAACCAAUUAGAAAUUUAUUUAAAUCUUUAAAGCACAUUGUUAGAAAAAACAAUAUUUGUCAGAUGAUUUUGUAGAAUUAUAUAAAUUUCUCACUAUAACCACAAUUUUUGCAAAAAUUCUCACUAUGGCCAACAAAAUUAGCGGUGCCUUGAGAGUGUAUAACUGUUAAUGGAUCUUCUGAUUAGAUGACCAAUGGAUAGGGUUGCGGUUUGAGAUGUUCCAGAAAAUGGAAUCGAAAGUAGUUCAGUUUAGAUCUCUCUGAGCAAUAGUUCAGUAAUGAAAUUUUAGUUAGCAAUACCAUUUUCAAUAUUUUAUAAAAAUGGAGAAAGAGAAACCCAAGGAUAUCCCUAAUUAUAUGAAAUUUAUCAUUGGCGGCGCUGCAGGGAUGACAGGUACCCUAAUCGUCCAACCUCUGGAUUUGGUCAAGAACCGCAUGCAGCUGAGUGGCGUUGGGACGGCGAAGAAAGAAUACAAAUCCAGUUUCGACGCUGUCGCUAAAAUAUUCAGAAAUGAAGGUUUGUUGGGGUUUUAUAAUGGCCUGUCCGCGGGUUUGUUGAGGCAAGCUACGUACUCGUCAACAAGGCUGGGUGUCUAUACAUGGCUUUUUAGCUACUUGUCGGAUCCCGAUGGCACUCCACCGUCAUUCAUUAAAAAAGCGGGGAUCGGUUGCGUUGCUGGUAUUUGCGGAGCGUUCGUCGGCAAUCCUGCAGAAGUAGCACUCAUCCGGAUGACGGCAGAUGGAAAAUUGCCACCUGAAGAGAGGAGAAAUUAUGCUAAUGUAUUCUCAGCGCUGGCUCGUAUAACAAGGGAAGAAGGUUUCUUCACGAUGUGGAGAGGUGUAAUCCCGACUAUGAGCAGAGCUGUUGUCGUCAAUGCGGUACAACUCGCCUCGUAUUCACAAGCCAAAGAAUUGCUUAUGAAUACGGGUUAUUUUAGCAAUGGACUGUUCCUGCAUUUCUGUAGUAGCAUGAUAUCCGGGUUUUUCACAACAGUAGCAUCAUUGCCUGUCGAUAUCGCCAAAACUAGGAUUCAAAAUAUGAAAAUGAUUGAAGGAAAACCAGAAUUCAGUGGCACAUUCGACGUUUUUGUAAAAUUAGUUAAAAAUGAAGGUGUAUUUGCAUUGUGGAAAGGAUUCACCCCAUAUUAUGCCCGAAUAGGGCCACAUACUGUGUUGACGUUUAUAUUUUUGGAACAAUACACCAACUUAUACAAAAAAUAUUGUAUGGAUUGAAGAACCGAUUCUAAAGGUUUCGAUUAAUGUUUUAACCAUGACCCACUUCGAGCGGAAUUUUGAAGAGGCUAACAUAGCAUUAAAUGGUUUUAUACAAUUAUUUAAAAUUAAUUUUAAUUGGAAAAAUAAAUUACCCUUAGUUUUUAGGUCAGCAUAAUGGAUAUUUUAAUUAAUUUUUUAUAGUCAAAAUAUUGAAAACAGAAAAAUGACUUAUUAUUGCACUUCUGCUGUAAAGUUUUAAUUUAAAUUGUAAAUUAUUUUAAAUUGUACUGUCAAUGGGAGAUACCUUCAUGAGAUGAGAAUAUAUUUUCUUCCAAUAUCUUAAAAGUACAAAAUAACUUUAAAAAAUAAAUAGAUUAUUAAAAACAAAAUAUAAGAGAUUAGGAUAUUGCGUGUAAUUUUUUUGAGUUGACUGAGAGUUAUACAAAAAGUACACAUAAUUUCGAUAGUAAAAGAUAAAAAAUCCAGUAUUGUGUAACUUUAUUAUUACGAAUUACACAAUUUAGAAGCAGUGCUUAAGAAUUUAUAUGUAAACUUAUCAUUGAUAGUUACUAAAAUUGGCCCAAAUGCUU